AUGCUUGAGCGUGCCGCUGCCUAUAUCGACCCUGUUACCCAGGUGAUCAUACAGCGCGGCGAUGUGCCUUUCAGAUCUUCUCGACUCCUCACUCGCGGCUUCUUCAGACAUGGAGCAGCGGCCGCAGUUGAUACACCUCCGUGGUGGCCACUGUAUCUUGAGACCGUUCGACAGGUGCCGUAUGGGCAGUCUAAACAAUGUCUCAAGACCAAGCGAGAAGCGGUAGUAGUGCCCAAACAUAGCAGGCGGAGUCGACCGCGAUGUGUUCAAAGCACUACUUCUGCGAAGGCGACCAGAAGCUCGAUCGGAUCUCGAACAUACUCUGCGGGGACUGCUACUGCACCACAGCGUGGCUCAAAUGGCCAAGUCGUUGGAGAUAGAGCAGAAGCAGAGCACAAUGAGCACUAUGAGGCUGAGGACGAGGAGGACCAGGUCGGCGAUCAGAAAGACAAGAUUAUGCGCCAAACCCAGCAUCUCUAUGAUAAUCCGAGCGAAGGCAUCUACGAGGACGUCGAAGUGAACGAGUCGAGAAUGGAUGGAGCAAGAGAAGCGGCCCUAGAUCCUUCACAUCCGGCAAGCGUUCGCAACUUGGCUGACAUGCAGUCAAAAUCAGCAGCCCAAAUUGAGCUAGAAACGCUGCUGACUCUUGACGCGUCACGAAGGGCAGCGCAUAAUCGCAAAUCUAGCGGAGAGCAUGCAGACGCCAUUUGGAAGGCUUUCAUUGCGUUACCUGAACAAGAGACCUACGCAUCUAGGGUCUUGAGCCAUCUCGCUGCCUCGGCCAUCCUGGCGGACUGGAGGAGGGCGCCAUCGGCAUUCAACAUGAUCCCGCUAGAGAAUCGUGUGGACCGUGACUACGAUAUGGUUGUUCGGGCGGCGUUCAAAAUGAGGCGAGCUACACUAGCGGUGCAGAUGUGCAAGGAAGCUUCCGAGCUAGGCCUGGCAGGUAUGUGCAGGCAGACUGCUCUGGUCAAAAGCCUGGGGCUCGGCCUGUUCAAGACCGCCGUCCGCGUCUGGAACGAGUGCUUUGGAGAUGUGCAUCUGCACCCCGAGUCAGGCAGAAACAGUCUUCCUAGCCACUUGGUAGGACUGUUGGAUCAGGAUUCACACCUACCUGAGCUCAUAUACAAGAUACUCAAUCGGCUGAAAGCGACAAACACCCGGCUGACUGCACAGGAACGUGGAUGCCUCAUGUACAUGGCCCAAGAACUUUCUUGGCGAGUCAUUGCAAGUGGACGAAUCAUGUCGAUUAUCACACCAGAAGGACUGUGGCGCAUCUUCGACAAUCUGGCUGCGGCUCAACUGCUCGAACACAAGAUGCUUGCAACAGCUAUCACGACAUUGGCUUCGGAGGGCAGGGUUCCUCGCGCUCGGCAUGACCUAGCAAUAGCCAUUUACCGAAACAGCCGCCUACGCUUUCCUGACGAGCGAGUGAAUGCCCACGUCUUGAAUGGCCUGGUACGACUGUGCUACAGAGCAGAGGAGAAAUAUGAGGUCUUUCAGUAUCUCUUUGAUGAGAUGCGAUCUCUGCCUAAGCUGGAAGGCCGAACUCUUCCCGGCCGAGCAGCCUACUAUGGCGCUCUUCGCGCCCUGUCUCUUCAAGGCAACGUGGCUGCGGUCAGCAGCCUCUAUGAAGAUUUCAUCACAGACCACGGUGCACUGCGGUCUUGUGGCGAUUUGAUUCCCGCGCUGUACGUUCAUGCAACGGUUGGUGACGUGGCGGCAACGAAAAGGGUGUUCGACUCUGUUCAGACCAAGUACGGGUUCGCUCCAAAUAUAGCUUGCUGGAACGUGCUCAUUCUUGCGCAUGCUCGGUCCGAAGAACCCAUCGAAGCAUUCUCGGUUUUCGAUCAUAUGGCUAAGCAGAACAUCAAGCCUGAUGCUUACACGUUUAGCACGUUGAUCAGCAUUGUCGCCAAGAAAGGCGACGUGACGAAUGUGCUUGAUCUUCUUCAGAAGGCGAUGCAGCACGACCUCAAGGAUAUCCGCCCGAUGCUCGCUAGCUUGGUCCAUGCGUAUUGUUUGAACGACGACUUGGAGUCAGCUAAGAAAUUGUUGGCAAAUGUCCACACGUUCGAUAUGAUUGGGUCACCAGUCAACAUCUGGAACCAGCUGCUCAAGCACUAUGCGUAUCGUGCUGACGUCGAUGCUAUUAAGUCCACUCACCGGCGUAUGGUUUCUGCUGGCGUCGAGCUCGACCAAUAUAGCUACGGUUGUCUGAUGGCUGCUUUCAUCAGGAAGGGCAACACUGAAGCGGCCCGCAAUCUGCUACAGGACCUUCAUCUUGAUUCUAAGGUGGUUGCGACGCCGUUUCUGUAUUCCCUGAUCCUGGUGGGCUUUGAACGCGAGGGUAAUCGAGACAUGGUACGCCUCCUCUACCAGGAGAUGGAAGACAGAUUCCCACGGAUGACUCCCAGCGCGAACUUAGCAAUGUUGAAAGCGGAGGUGAGAGCUGGCUUCAGCAAGGAAGCUGCAAGGUACGACCGAGAGACCACACCCGGCCGCAUGCAUCGGCCAAACUUGACGGAAGCACUGAAUCUCCUGGAGCAACUCGGACAAACUAGCACCACGACUCAGCCGGGAAGAGCCGCGAGUGGUCCACAGCCAGGUUUUGUCCGAGAGCCUGCUGCGGAUGCUGUACCGGCUAUCUACUCGAGCGCUGUUGCAGAAUCAUUGGCGACCUCUGGCCAGCUACCCAAGCCAGGGCUGUCUUAG